AUGUCGAUGCUGUCAUCCAAGAACCCUGUGCAGCGUGUGGCUACACGCAGAGCGUUCAGGGCCGCUCAGCAACAGCCCAAAACAAAAUUUUCUCAAGAGGAACAGGAGGAAAUGAGGAGGAAGACUCGUGCAUAUUCAGAGAAGUACCGUGCUGACCGUAUGGCCGGGAAGAAGAUCGCUUAUGAGGAUUCUUCAAUCAUGUCAGAUGCCAGCACUGCAUCCAUCACAACUGGACAACGAAGUACUGCUAGUUCUGAUACAUCAAAGACAUUUUGCAACUCUCCUGAUCCAGACCUGGUUGUGACAGAAGCCUUACAGAAUUUACCACGCAGACUUGCUGGAAGGGACAUUCUUAAAGGCCUUGCCACAGAGCUCAGGAGACCACUGCAGCAGCUUUCUCCCAAGCCAUCUGCAACUCCUACAAUGAAUGUUGGUCUUGAAGAAUUGGCACCUGCAGUGCCAGAGGAAGAGCCUGCAGAAAGAGUGGAGAAGACCUUUAUUGUGCAGGUCAUCCCAGAGGAUGAGGAGGUUGAGCAUGUGGUUCAAGAGAGAACCAUGGGGAUUCGAGAUGCCACAGCUGGGAGAAGCCUGCACCUCUCCCCUAACGUGACCCCUUCUCACUAUCGGAAUUCAGAGCCUUCAUCUAUGAGCCCUGAAAUGCAUGUGACCCCUGUGGAGAAGACCCCCCAACUCCCAGGCCGAUAUGGAUCCAAAUCUCACCCUCUGCCUUCCUGUAUCCCAGCCAAUGCCACAGUUGAUGUCAUGCCAAGCAUCAUUAAAAAGGCUAAAGAGCCUCGAUCAACCUCCAUAAACCGUUUAUCUCAGGGGGUGGACACGAGUCGGCUGCAGGCCAUCAUCUCCAGCAUCGUGCAGCGGGAGGUUCAGAAGUUUGCCAAUGUUCGGUCAUCCAUGGCAGAACCCUCUGCAGCAGCUUCCUCCACCAAGAGGAGCAUGGACUCCCGUGGAUCAAGAGAAGAAAGUCCUGGGAAGGACCGAUCCCAGUCGUCCCCGAAGCGCUUCAAACCGUCUCAAUCCGUCCACCAGAUGGCUGCCUGUGAGGAAGCAGAUGAUGAACAGUCUUCUGAUGAAGACUCUCCACUUGAGCAGCCUUCCAUUCCAGUGAAGUCAUCUGGUUGUUCAGAGAGUUCCCAUAGCAUGAGCCUCCGCACACAGAGGAAAUCUUCAAACACCUCAGCAGCUGCUGAUGUGAGUUUAGAAGUGCUGGAGAAGAGUUCCAAGAAGCAGGCCACUCUCAUGGAGUCAUCAACCAGGCAGCAAGAAAAAAAUUUGAGUGCAGCGAAGCAGAUAUCCAUAGACUGGGAGGAAUCAUUUGAAUCUGAGGAUUUGCACAACAAGAGUUCUAGAGUGGCUGGAAAAAGCAUUGUGGAAAAGCGAAGAAGUUCCAAGACCUCUAUUCUCAAUUCAAAUCCACGAGUUGGAAGCCGGGCAUCGCUGAGAAAUCGUGGGGACAUCCACGAGCAUGGUACUACCACAGGAAAUAUCCAGACUUCCCAAGAAUCCACCAAAACCAGCUUGACUGUUUCAAGUUUUGCUAUAUCAUUAGAGACUUCAGAACUUCCCACUAUAGAGAACCAAUCAGAAGAUAGCACUAUAGUUCAAGAGAGUGCAAAUGACACAAAUGGUCAUGAGACAACAGAAAAUGAGGUGACUGACAAUGCUACUCUUCGUGAGAGAACAGACGAUGCCACUGUUCGUGACACAACAGACAGUAUUGAUACUGAAGAGACAGAAAAUGAAACAGAUGCCUGUCAGAUGACAAACGGUACAGACCUCAGGUCUAUAGAUGGAACGAUGCGCAGUGGGUCCCGGAGCCUCCGCUCCCUGCAGGCUGUGGAUUACACCGGCAUGCUCUCAUUCUCAGAGAUGGAGAAGGAUAAGGCAGAAAGGAGACCAAAUGUCAGACAGAUGUCUCAAAGCUCAAAGUUGGGCAGCACACUUUCUUCUACUGUUUCUUUUAGAAAGGGAAAGAAGGCUCAGGAACACCAGACUGUUGGGAAGAAGGGUAGAAGGAAGGAGGCAAGCCUAUCUCAGGCCCAGUCUUCUGAGGAAAGAACACUCCCAGAAGAAGAUACACGUCCUCCCAGUGAAGCAUCUGGAUCCACAUUCUACAGUCCAGAAUCUGGAGAUGAUUCAGAUCUUGAUCAAGUCACCAUCACCAAUCGCUACUCUGCUUCUUUGACUUCGCACACUUCUGAAUCUCAGAUGGAUGUGGAGUGUCAGACAACAGCAAAUGAGGAAGGAGAAAGGGCAGCCAGCCCCCCUCCCUUGGAAAACCCUUUAGAGAAAAUAUCAUUCCCAGAAAGGGCACGUUCUCCCAGUGAAGAAUCUGGAUCAACUUUCUACAGUCCAGAAUCAGGAGACGAGUCAGAUCUUGAUGAAGUUCCUGUCACUAACCACUACUCAGUUUCUCACACUACUGAGUCACAUAUCGAUGCACAAGAUGGGACUGAGACUGGGACAAGCGAGGAGUCAGCUCAUCAAGAUAAUUCUCCAUCAAAUUGUGCCAGAGCAUCUAGCCUGGUCGAUGACGACGAUGAAGACGAGGAUGAGGCAUACCAACCAGGAGAAGGCACACUGACAGAAGAAGGGACUUCAAGUGGAUUCCAUGAGUCUGAGGAUGGGGAGGGGGUGGAGGACUCACUGGCCACUUCUAUCUCCAAGAGACAAGGCCAGAGCAAUGGCAACAGCAAUUCUGAGGAAAUAGACCUCUCAGAAUAUCCAGAGGCUGUGCAGGCUUGCUAUACCAUGGGGCAAGACGAGGGGGUGAGCCAUGAAACUAGAGGCCACAGGUACGUGAUUGAAUAUCCAUCAUCCCAGGAACUCUUGGGAAGGGAUCAUCUGCGGACUGUGGGACCAGAUCGUGGUGAACCAAAGCAGGGGGAUCCAUAUGUGAUGAACUAUUUCCGGCCAUCACAUGGUAUGGUCUUCAGUCACUUCUUCAUCAACCCUGGCUGCAGCAAGCCACCUCGACCCAUCCAAUCUGGAAAUACUGUGGUUGCCUUUGUAGAAGUUGGAGUGGUUCAACUCACCAUGGGAACCAGUGUCCCUCGCACAUUGCAUCCAAGUGAUGUAGUCAUCCUAAAACCUAGGAUAGAAUAUUCCUUGAAGAAUGUGGGCCAGUCUCAAGCAGUCCUACUCAUGGCAACCAUGGACUAUCGGGAGAUGAUGAAGUCCUUCAUGCGUGAAGUAGCCAGAAACAAAGGGUGA